GUAUUUUUUUCUCCUCAAACCUUUUGAGUAUUUUUUUUUCUCUUUAACUUACGUACACAACCUUCAUUGUCACUUGAGUAUACUAUAAUGGCACGAAUAGUACUUUUGCAUGCUUUGGUGCUCUUUUUAUUCACAUUUACAUCAGCCAUAGCUGAAGCGGUAACUUUGAAUGUUGUCAAUUUUGGGGCCAAACCAGAUGGUGAAACUGACUCCACAAAUGCAUUCGUGAGUGCAUGGGGUAGAGCAUGCAGCUCAACAGCACCAACUACCAUUUAUGUGCCACUAGGAAGGUUCUUAGUUGGUAAAGUAGUGUUUAAGGGGAGGUGCAAUAAUAAGGGCAUCACAAUACGUAUUGAUGGUGCAAUGCUUGCACCUUCCAACUAUGAUGUUAUUGGAAAUGGUGGAAACUGGUUGUUUUUUGAUGAUGUUGAUGGAGUUUCAAUCAUUGGUGGUGUUCUUGAUGGACAAGGCACAGGCUUGUGGGCAUGUAAGAGAUCUGGCAAGACUUGUCCAACUGGUGCUACGAACUUGGGAUUUACCAAUUCGAACAACAUUGUGAUCAACGGAGUGACCUCUCUGAACAGCCAAAUGUUCCAUAUAGUUAUUGACCGAUGCAAUAAUGUGAAACUCCAAGGUAUCAAGGUAUCAGCUGCAGGAAACAGCCCUAACACUGAUGGCAUUCAUGUGCAACUCUCAUCAACUGUCACCAUUCUCAACUCUAACAUAGCAACCGGUGAUGAUUGCAUCUCAAUUGGUCCUGGAACUACUAAUUUGUGGAUAGAAAACAUAGCUUGUGGACCAGGUCAUGGUAUCAGUGUUGGAAGUUUAGGCAAGGAAUUUCAAGAGCCUGGUGUGCAAAAUGUGACAGUUAAAACAAUGACAUUUACUGGAACUGAAAAUGGUGUACGAAUUAAGUCUUGGGGGAGACCUAGCAAUGGAUUUGCAAGGAACAUCCUUUUCCAACAUGCUACCAUGGUUAAUGUUCAAAAUCCCAUUGUAAUUGACCAAAAUUAUUGCCCCCAUGAGAAGAAUUGUCCGGGUCAGGUUUCCGGGGUUGAAGUUAGCAAUGUUAUAUACCAAGAUAUUUAUGGAACCUCAGCAACAGAGAUUGCAGUUAAAAUCAAUUGUAGUCCAAAGUAUCCAUGCAUUGGAAUAAGUUUGGAAGAUGUGAUGCUUACAUAUGAAAGCAAGCAAGCAGUGGCUUCAUGCAAUCAUGCCGGAGGAAUCACAUCUGGUGUAGUUCAACCCAACAACUGUUUCUAG